AUGAUCUUGGGGGUUGACUUUCGCGAGCGAGUGUCUCAUCAGAUCCUUACAGUCAGGCCCGAUGUUUCCGAUCGUGCAAAUGCAAAUCUGGUGAUAUCCUCCUCGAGGCAUAUCUUCGAUUUGCUGGAAGAACGCCUACAGCAUCUGCGGGAUACAUCCUUGACAAGCACCUACACCGCAUUCUUCACACCGCCAAACUCGCAGUCCACUGCACACCUUUACCCUCUGGCUGUGCCUCAGCGUAUGUACGAACUCCAGGACAUUGUUGACCUUCUUACCAAACUUACGGCCUCACCUACGUUGACGGCAUACUUCAAACCGACAAAGCCGAACGAGGCCACCCUUGAUGCGGUGAUUUUCCAUUCUUCACAUCAAAAGUUGAAACGUCAGAUUGAUGUCGUACAGGCCACUGUUGGUCAACAGCAUGGGGUAAAGGAAGUAGCGGUAGAGAAGCUUCAUAAGCUGGGGGUGGCAUUGCGGUAUGUUGCGGUUGUUCCACAGGGGCAAGUCAUCAACUUCACCGUUCAGCCAAGAAUCGCCAAUAUGUUCAAAAAGGCCACGUACUACAUUGAAGUCUCCUCAGACGAUAUUGGACGUUGCAGUUGGUAG